GGUCCUGCUUAAAGGUUGAGGUUGUCGGGAUUGUCCGACUCUUGAGCGAAAAUUUCAAUUUGCAAGGCGCACAUGCAACCUGACUGUGUCCUUUUGCCCCGGGGGCGUGUUGCUCGCAUGCAUGGCGCACGGGACCUUGAUCAUGACAGGUCGGAGUCCUCUUAGUUUCGUUUCUUUUGCAAUCACUGUGGCGGAGCGAUGGCUUCGUCGCCAAUCGACUCCGUCGGCGGGGCCGUGACUGCCAAUGACGACAGUGCCAAGGAAGCCGUGACCGCCAUGCAGUCCCCCGAAGUGGCCGACAAGCCGGCGUCGCCGGAUGCGCCGGCCGGUGCGGCGGCGGCGCUCGAGGACAUCGAAUUGACCGAGGAGAGCCCAAAGGCUGCAGCGGCGGCAGAACCAACUCCGGCUGACAGCACAGCUGGUGGAGGGGCUGGGGCUGGAUCAUCAGCAGAUGUCCAGUCAGAAGACCACCCCUUGAUCUUCAUCGCGGUCAACCCUUCGUCGGGGAACAAGAAGGGAGCGGACUACGUCAAGGUGGGGGAGCCCAUCGGGGAAACCGGAGUGCGGAAACUGGACUUGGACGUACAGGUAAACAACGCGAAAACGGUGACGCUGCUGAUUUUCAACAUCAAGGAAGGAAAGCCGAGCAACAAGCCCGGGUUCCAACACCUGAAGCGCGUGGUCGAGGCCAGCAGUCUUGAUUUACCCACAAGGAUAAUCGUCGCGGGAGGGGACGGAACCAUCACGUGGGCCGUGGAAGAGAUGGAUGCGCAUGGGGUAUUAGAACGAUGUUCUUAACUUGAUGUUUUUCGUGGUUACCAGCUGUUCUUGUUUCAUCGAUUGCGAAGUGCUGCCCUUAUCUAACUAUUUUUGUUGGUUCUUCGCAAUCACCCCCAGAUUCCCUCCGAGCAAGUCCUUCUGGGUGUGAAAGCCUUUGGCACGGGCAACGACUUCAGUCGAAGCUACAACUGGGGUAAGGGAAGUCCCAGCGACGUGAUUGGGGGUUCGACCUUCAAAGUGCUGAAAAAGGAUGUCUCUAUGUGGUUGACCGCGAAGACCGCACCGCACGACAUCUGGGGAUUGGAAAUCGAGACGCACGAGGGCGGGAAUUUCAAAUACGUCACGGGCUACAACCAGAAGGGCAUCAACGACGGCCUUUGCGCGCAGCACCGCAUCGUGGAUGUGGACGGAGGGGGGAAGAAGUCGACGAAAACCAUGUGCAACUACUUCUCAUUCGGGCCAGAAUCCAGGGUGGGCAUGGGGUACUGUUGAUAAGGUGAUUUCUUAGAAAAUUUCCAUAUGCAGCACGAUAUUGCUCUAGUUAUAGCCUUGUUAGUCCUCUUAAUAGGCUCAGAAAUAGAGAAUCGGCGGAGCUUGCGUAUCUAUUAAUUCUAACAGCAUGGAGCGACGGCGAAAAGCGAGCUGGGCCGGCAAUCAGCUGAUGUAUGGUUUCUCCGGUUUAUCGACGAUGUGCUGCAAGAAGAGUCCAAAGCUGAAGGAUGUGGUUACCAACGCCGUAGAAACCCUUCCGGAUGGAACACCAAAGGUUAUUUUUCAAACCGACACCCCACCACCGAAAAAGCCCACAGACCCUCAACCCGAUGGGCCAUACCUGCGGCGGUGGCCAGCGACGUUCGCAAUCCUGAACACGGACACCAUGAUUGCCGGUCAGCACAUCUGGGACCGCACCGGCGCGCGACUGGCGGUGAAGGGGGAAGGAGAGCAGAGAGAGACGCUGAUGCAAGGAGUCCACAAGAUGGGCGACGGGAAACUGAACAUGAUGACCUGGCGGACCAUGCAACAGUUCAACUGCGACGCCGUCUGCGGGCUCUGCUGCAGCUGCGUAAAACAAGAACUCCACUUUUCCUCGUGCAUGAUUUCGUUGUUGGUGUUGUAUAUUUGCAUGCUGAAGUUCUGUUCCACAAGUUGAUGUUGAGGAUGAGGACUACGGUGCUUAGGAUAUGCCUUUUUUUGCGGCGGAACUUAGGAGUAAGUUCAAGCUGCCGAAGCAGAAAUGUCGUGAAGUGGAACACGAUACAACGAAAAACAGGUAUGCUGUGGCUUGCGCGGUAGCAACCGCCUUGCGAGCAUCGGGAAUCCCGUGACCAUCAACUUCCGGGACAAGGAGCAAGCCAACUACCGAAAGGAGGGGCGGAUCUACAUGCAGAUUGACGGGGAGUACUUCAUCUGCCAGUAUCCAAAGGCCAUUAGGAUCAAGCACCGGGAAAAGUUGCAUGUCUUGGACAACCGCUCCAGUUGAGCUGCAAAAUGAAGACAUGGUGCGUGAUUCGGGGAUUCCCACCACUUCAACUUCUGCGCGCACACUACACAGAAGUGAAGACGAAGAGACACUACAUGCUCAUGCACUUGCAUGUAGUUGGGGUUUCUGAAGAAAGUUCGAAGUAAACUACACAGGUUUCAUCUUGGUUGUGAGCAGAAGUAAUAAUUGGAACUACGAUCAUAACAGAAAAGGUCACUCUCACUGCGAAAGCCUGUUGCUGCUGCAGAGGCAACGAACGAAGGUUAACCUGGUCGAAUCCAAGCUGAAUUCGAAUUGUAGAAUUGAUAGCUUUUUUUAUUGAUAGUAGUGAUUAUGAUGCUGAAGAUGCAACAGCGUUGCUCUUGGCGGCUCCUGGUGUGCUGAAGUACCAAGAAACCUUUUGGCAAGGA